AUGCUAUCCCUAGUCAGAGCCCAAGCUAGACAAGCCUCCAAGAGAGCAUUCUCCACCACCAGAGCAGCCGGUGCCCAUUUCGAAGAAGGGGUCUACUCAAAUUUACCUUUCAAAGUCCACAACAGAAGAAUCCCAUUUGCUGUUUUACACUUCGCCUUUUUCGGUUUAGGCUUUGCUAUCCCAUUCGUUGCCUGUGGUGUUCAAUUGAAAAGAUCUGGUGCUUGGUGA